AUGCCAGAAAGCCAGGCGGGUCCCGUCACCCAAAGCGGCCGUGACCCCGACCACGGACUCCACUAUGAGGCGCGCUCAGAAUACGGCGGCGCCGCCUCGAGGCCUGCUUCUGCUAGUGAUUUACUGGACAGCCAUGUACUGGGCAACGACAAGCUUGCUGAACCAGCGAUGGAGAGAUCUACCAGGUUCAGUAUCGACGGCAAUAGUGUGGACAUAUUGCUACCAUAUUUAAAGUUAUUAACUAUAAUGGGACUGCGGCCGGUACUAGAUGUAUCGAACUCCUCCAAGUGCGCAAUAUGCUGCUCGCAUUUCCAUUCAAUACAAGUUGCAAUACUCAUGUUUGUAGGAUACAUUCUGCAGUACAUGGCUUGUUUCAGUUCCUAUGAAAUAAGGAUGGCGUUAAAAGUGUUGCUAAUUAUAUGCACCUUGAUCCACGACAUGGUGCAGGCGACUAUCAUCACAAGUUAUUGCCUACAAGCACAGCUGUUACAAGCUCAUCUCAUGUUCCUCAAAGAACGGCUGCUGAACCGAACUAUAACUCCGCUUAACUGGAUGAGAGAAAUAGCAGAAUUCCGUAAGCUAUUAAAAUAUUUAAACGACGACCUAGCACCGGCGGUUUGUUUGUUCACCAUCGUGAACAUCUCAUGGGCGACCUCAGGCAUCAUGUGGCUCCUCAACUUGGAUAAGGUGGACACUGAGACAGAACCCUUGGUCGGCAUCAGCAUUCUAAAUGAGCUCAUAUGGAUUUCAGCAGUUAUUGUACCGUUUGUUCAAGCGGCACGUUUGUCAAAAGAAUGCAGACGGACUCAGUCUGUCGGGCACGAGCUGUGCGUUCGUCCGUUCCUACACCAGGACACGUCACAGGAGGACAUCACCUCGGUGCUCAUGUACGCCUCCACUCUACGUCUACACGCGAAACUAUUCCACUACCCCAUCGCAGGACGAUACCUCUGUCUCGUACUAACCAUUACCGUUAUAGUACUCUUCUCUCUAGGCAUGUGUCAUCUAUUACAGUAG